CGGACCCCGUGCACCCGGACCCCGUCCUCUCGGAGCCCGCCGGAGGCGUGGGAUGACGGCGCGUGGCGCGGCCCAGCUUUCCUGCAGGACGGGCCAAAAAAGGCAGCGAGUGUUGGAGGCAGACCGUGAGAGCCCGCGGGGCAGGGCCCAGACGCCGUCCCCUGGGGAGCCCUGCUUGGGGCCCCCGGCAACCCUGGGCCCUCGGUGCAGCAUCUAUUUCUCUGGCCCAAGGAGCCACUCUGCGCAGCUGGGAUCGGACUUCUUUGACCAGCCUGCCGUCGCCCUGGCACGGGCGUUUCUGGGACAGGUCCUAGUCCGGGACUUGACGAUGGCCAGAGCUCCGGGCCGCAUUGUGGAGACGGAGGCAUAUCUGGGGCCAGAGGAUGAAGCUGCCCACUCUAGGGGUGGCCGGCAGCCCCCCCGCAGCCGCGGCAUGUUCAUGAAGCCAGGAACUCUGUAUGUGUACAUCAUCUAUGGCAUGUACUUCUGCAUGAACGUCUCCAGCCAAGGGGCUGGGGCGUGCGUCCUCCUGCGAGCGCUGGAGCCCCUGGGGGGCCUGGAGACCAUGCGGCAGCCCCGCAGCACCCUCCGCAAGGGCGCCACGGGCCGAGCCCUCAAGGAGCGCGAGCCGUGCAGCGGCCCCUCCAAGCUGUGCCAGGCCCUGGCCAUCGACAAGAGCUUUGACCAGCGGGACCUGGCCGAGGACCGAGCGGUGUGGCUGGAGCGCAGCCCGCCGGGGCCCAGCGAGCCAGUCGUGGUGGCAGCAGCCAGAGUGGGCAUCGGCCACGCAGGAGAGUGGGCCCGGAAGCCCCUGCGCUUUUACCUACGGGGCAGCCCCUGGGUCCGCGUGGUAGACAGAGCCGCGGAGCAGAACGCACAGGCCUGAGCGACAGCCUCCUCCAUCCAUGCUUUUUAAUUUUUUAACAACCAAAUAAACACUUUAUGUCUAGAA